AAGCACGUGUCCGACCAGGCUUCAAAUAUGUGAUUUCUGCUGAGCGUCAGUCUCUCUGCGCUUCACCGGUGAAACAGGAGACCCUGAAGUAUCUUGUGUGUUUCUGCAGCAGACUGAAAUCAAAUCUUCUUCAAGCAUCAUGGUCGAGCAGUUUGUUGGAACCUGGACUCUGACUUCCAGCGAGAACUUUGAUGAAUACAUGAAGGCAAUUGGUGUGAGCUUCGCCACCAGGCAGAUGGGCAACAUGGCAAAGCCCAACCUGGUGAUCAGCGUGGACGAUGCAGGGCUGGUUUCAAUGAAGUCUGAAACCACCUUCAAGACCACAGAGAUCAAGUUCAAGCUGAGCGAGGAGUUCGAGGAGACGACUGCAGACGGCCGAAAGACCAAGACCACCAUCACUUUUGAGAAUGGCAAACUGGUGCAACUACAGUCGUGGGAUGGAAAGAAAACGACACUAGAACGAGAGAUUCAAGAUGGAAAACUAACAGCUAAAUGUGUCAUGGAUGACGUGGUUGCAGUGAGGACCUAUGAGCGAGGAACUUAAUUAAAACUCAAAGUAGUUUAGACUGGCACCUCUGUUUCAUUACAAAGACACCAAAUGCACUGAGCUCAUUGCCAAACAUGCCAAUAAAGUCUGAACUGUGACCCUUCAA